AUGAGCACCUCCCUGAACUACAAGUCCUUCUCCAAAGAGCAGCAGACCAUGGAUAACCUGGAGAAGCAGCUGAUUUGCCCCAUCUGUUUGGAGAUGUUCACCAAGCCAGUGGUCAUCCUGCCCUGCCAGCACAACCUGUGUAGGAAGUGCGCCAGUGACAUUUUCCAGGCCUCGAACCCCUACCUGCCCACCAGGGGAGGCACGACCGUGGCUUCGGGAGGCCGGUUUCGCUGCCCCUCAUGCAGGCAUGAAGUGGUCCUCGACCGGCACGGCGUGUACGGGCUGCAGAGGAACCUGCUGGUGGAGAACAUCAUCGACAUAUACAAGCAGGAGUCCACAAGGCCUGAAAGGAAAUGUGACCAGCCAAUGUGUGAAGAGCAUGAAGAUGAGAGAAUUAAUAUCUAUUGUUUGAACUGUGAAAUGCCCACCUGCUCCUUGUGCAAAGUCUUUGGUGCCCACAAAGACUGCCAGGUUGCUCCUCUCACAAACGUUUACCAGAGACAGAAGUCUGAGCUGAGUGACGGCAUCGCAGUCCUGGUGGGGAGCAACGACAGAGUGCAAGGGAUAGUCUCGCAGCUGGAGGAGACCUGCAAGACAGUUGAGGAAUGCUGCAGACGACAGAAAGAACAGCUGUGUGAAAAAUUUGAUUAUCUCUAUUCUGUACUGGAAGAAAGAAAAAACGAGAUGACACAAAUAAUCACUAGAACCCAAGAGGAGAAACUGGAACACGUCCGCUCCCUGAUGAAGAAGUAUGCGGAUCAUUUGGAAGCUGUGUCAAAGCUGGUGGAAUCAGGAAUCCAGUUCAUGGAAGAACCAGAAAUGGCUGUGUUUUUGCAGAAUGCCAAAACAUUGCUACAAAAAAUUACUGAAGCAUCUAAAGGAUUUCAAAUGGAAAAAAUAGAGGAUGGGUAUGAAAAUAUGAACCAGUUCACUGUGAACCUCAGUAGAGAAGAAAAGAUAAUAAGAGAAAUUGAUUUUGACAGAGAGGAGGAGGUGGAAGAGGAAGGGGAGGAGACAGUGGAUGGGGAAGAUUUGGAUGAAGUCCACACAGAGUCAUCAGGAGAGGAAGAAGAGGAAGAGGAGAAGGAGGAGGAGGAAGGGGCUGAGAGAGCAUCACAGCCGCCUCAGCAGGACCCUGAACCACAGAGUGCAGCAGGCGAGCCCGCAGCCGAACCUGCCCCAGCACCACAGCUUGCCCCCCCAGCUGGCCAGGAUGAGGUUGUGACACCAAGUGGCUCUCAACAGACUGCAGAGUCUGACAGUCCAGUGCCACCCGUGGCAGAAACCGUCGACCCCUUGUUUUACCCUAGCUGGUAUAAGGCUCAGCCGCGGCAAGCAAGCAGCCCGAGCUCAACCCCCGGGAGCGGGCUGGGGAAAGUAGGGGCUCCCGUUUCUCUGGAAACAAGUGCAAAGAAGGCAGAAGCCCCGGAAGCGGCAGCAGUGGAGGAGAGCGCGCCGGGGAGCGGUAAGGAAAGUAAUGCCACUGCAGCGACAUCCAAGACUGGCUCUGAACCGUCCCCUCAAGGACGAGCGGAGGAAACUCCCGUGAGCAAUGAGAGGGGUGGCGAGCCGGCUCGUCAUGUCUUCUCCUUCUCCUGGUUGAACUCACUGAAUGAAUGAUGACUCACUCCGGCUGGCUUCUGGUGUGCUCCUCGGAAGGACCGCAAGCGCAGGCAGCCUGGCUGGAAU